AUGGUUCUGGAAGCAGAGGGUCGAGUUAUAGCGAACAUGAUUCAACCUUACGCUUUUGAACCGGUUGAAACCGAUUCGAGUGGUGACCAUGUAGUUUCAGAAGAAAUGGCUUCGGAAUCUUCGUCCAGUUCUGACAAAACCACCAGACUUCAGGACACGAACUG